CAUAUAAUUAUGGAACUAUAAUAGGCCUAUAUUAUGGUAGCUAUAUUACGUUUGUUCUGAUUAAUAGACCGUUCACUGUAGGACGAUACAGGCACGUUGCGAUGACUCAAAUCAUCCCGUUAGUUCCUAUAGUGUUUUCACUUCUUGUAAAAUAUGGUCAACCUUUAGAAUGUAAAAUUAAAGAGUCUGUCGUCAACAGGCCUGUGAUUUCAAGUAAUUGCUACCGAAAGUGCGUAUAUCCGCCUAAACCAAUGAUAUGCGAGUACGACCUAAAUGUUGAAUGGAUCCAGACAAUGUCAGGUCAUUGUGGGGACUGUCCGCUAAAGAAAGAAGACUGUAAUCUCGAAAAGUGUGUACCUGUUGACGGGUCUUCAAGACCUGCGGCCGUUGUAAAUGGCACGUUUCCCGGACCGAGCAUUCAGGUUUGCGAAGGUGAUACCAUACGAGUGAAGGUAUCUAACAACUUACAAUCAGAUGCUGGAUUUACAUUGCAUUGGCACGGGAUCCAUAUGAGAGGGAAUAAUUGGAUGGACGGGGUCCCGCGUGUGACGCAAUGUCCAAUAGCACGCGGGUCAUCGUUUGUCUACGAGUUCAUUGCUGAGCCCGCUGGAACACAUUGGUGGCACUCACACGCAGGUUACCAGAGGGGAAGUGGCGCAUCAGGCCCAUUGAUUAAAACAAAACAUACGGUACCUUUACACAUAAUCGUUAUCAUGAUAUUGUACGUUUACUUAUUUACAGAACUGUUUGAUCCAGAAUUCUACCAUGUCGAUUCAACGCAUUACAUUACGAUUACUUCGUUCGGUUUAUUUUCCAAGGGACGAAUUGCCGGCCAACAAUACGGGCGUCCACUCGUUGACAAUGUUGUGUUCAUUCCUCCAAUUUCACCAUUUGUGAAUAAUGAACCUAUAGAAUCUGACAUAUGUCAACCAAACAUGAACAGAACAUUUUACGAUAAGUGCGGCAUUGACCAUUGUGUUUGCACAAAUGUUUUAAAGAUUAAACUUGGACAGGUAAGUAGAUUAUUAGGAAAACUUACUAUAGCACACUGUCUUUUGGGAGGACUUUUGAGACAUUCUCUAGAAAAAUCUGUGUUAAAGGACUCAGUGCUGGUGCCGGAAAAUGGUUAUACCAUCUUGAGAUUCAAGGCGGAUAAUCCAGGUUAUUGGUUGUUCCACUGUCAUAUACUGAAUCACGGUGAAAGAGGAAUGGCUAUGGUAAUACAAGUCGGCGAACCAAGUGAAAUGCCGAAUCCUCCAUCAGAUUUUCCAACGUGUGCACAUUGGGAGCCAAAGUAGACAUGGAUAUUAAAGCGAAGCAGUGCAAUGUUUGCAAAUCGAAAUA